ACUGAAGUCCUGAAAGUGAAGAUUUGACAUAAAGAUUCAUCAUGGUAGUCAUGAGAGCUCUUGUGCUUCUUUUCUUGGUCUUUUCUGUUGAGAGUGCACCAGCUGAAGAAGACUGCCCAUAUGGAUGGACACCUUUUGGUGUGCAUUGCUACAAAUUCUUCCCUCAGUCAGUUAACUGGAUCACAGCUGAGAAAAACUGUCAAUCCAUUGGUGCAAAUCUUGCAUCAGUGCGCAGUACAGUGCAAAACAACUUUCUCCUCAGUCUGAUUGUGCCUGCUACCACACGUGCUUGGAUUGGUGGCCAUGAUGGUGAAAUGGAUGGACAAUGGCUGUGGUCUGAUGGAUCUCAAUUUGAUCUUACCAACUUUUGCACUGGAGAACCUAACAAUUAUGGUGGUCCUGAGAGCUGCCUGGAGAUAAACUUUCCCACUAACCAUUGCUGGAAUGAUGAGUCCUGUACAACAACCACAAUGGGUUACAUUUGUAUUUACCUUUUUUAUCUUCAAACACGUUGUGAUAUUGAAUCCCUCCCUCUGAGAUUCAUCAUGGCAGUCAUGAGAGCUCUUGUGCUUAUUUUCUUGGUCUUUUCUGUUGAGAAUGCAGCAGCUCAAGAGGAAUGCUAUGGAUGGACAUAUUUUUGGAUGAAAAGCUACAAAUUCUUCCCUCAGUCAGUUGAUUGGGUCACAGCUGAGAAAAACUGUCAAUCCUGUGGUGCAAAUCUUGCAUCUGUGCAUGAUAUAAUGGAAAACAGCUUUCUCUCGAGUCUUGUGCAUGCUAACACACAUGUUUGGAUUGGUGGCAAUGAUUUUGCUGGACAAUGGCUGUGGUCUGAUGGAUCUCAAUUUGACUUUACCAACUGGUGCCCUACAGAACCUAACAAUUCUUGUUGCAAAAAGAAUUGCCUGGAGAUAAACCUUAACACUGACUUUUGCUGGAAUGAUGACACCUGUUCAAAAAAAAAGAGCUACAUUUGUGCCAGACUCGACUACAUGCAAAAUAAAUCUGAUUAAAAGUACUAUGAUUUUACUACAUACAUGUGUUUCUAAGCUUAUGUUUUAAAAAAAAUCCUUGAAAUUAUCUUAAAAAUUAGUGAACCUUUCUGAAAAUGUUUAAAUCAAUAAAGCAAAUAUUGUGCGUUGUGGUGUUAAAAUGUAAAAAAUACAUGUUGUUUUUAAAUUAAAACUUUAUAAUUUUAUGUUA